GGUCUGAGUCCCGAGGAAAAGGAAAGAAAGAGGCCUUGCAAUUAACUGAACCUCUCACCAGGAUGGGGCCCCUCCCCUACCAUGUCCAAAAGAUAUAGCAUUGUCACCGUGAUCCCAUUUCCUACACAACACUGACACAAAACACAGCGAGUAAAGAAAGAUUAGUCUUUUUCUGAGUGAAACAAUGAAGAAUUUCCCUGUUGUGGACCUGUCCAAACUCAAUGGUGAAGAGAGAGAAGUCACCAUGGAAAUGAUCAAAGAUGCCUGUGAGAACUGGGGUUUCUUUGAGCUGAUGAAUCAUGGGAUAUCUCUUGAGAUGUUGGACACUGUGGAGAGGCUGACAAAGGGGCAUUACAGAAGGUGCAUGGAACAGAGGUUCAGAGAAAUGGUGGAAAUGAAGGGUCUUGAGGCUCUUCAGUCUGAAGUUGGUGACUUGGACUGGGAAAGCACCUUCUUCCUCAAACACCUUCCUGAAUCCAACAUAUCUGAAAUCCCUGAUCUCGAAGAAGAAUACAGGAAGGUGAUGAAGGAGUUUGCAAAAGAAUUGGAGAAGCUAGCUGAGCAGCUUUUGGAUUUGUUAUGUGAGAAUCUGGACCUUGAGAAAGGAUACCUGAAAAAGGUGUUUCAGGGCUCCAAAGGACCAACCUUCGGCACUAAAGUCAGCAAUUACCCGCCAUGCCCUAAACCUGACCUCAUCAAGGGCCUCAGGGCUCACACUGAUGCAGGUGGCAUCAUCUUGCUCUUCCAGGAUGACACAGUCAGUGGUCUCCAGCUCUUCAAGGAUGGCCAAUGGAUUGAUGUCCCUCCCAUGAAGCACUCUAUUGUCAUCAACCUCGGAGACCAGCUUGAGGUAAUCACCAAUGGGAAGUACAAGAGCGUGGAGCACAGGGUGAUUGCUCAAAAAGAUGGUAACAGAAUGUCCAUUGCUUCCUUCUACAACCCUGGCAGUGAUGCUGUGAUCUACCCAGCACCGGCUUUGCUUGAGAAAGAGGCUGAGAAAAAUACCCAAGUUUACCCCAAAUUUGUGUUUGAGGACUACAUGAAACUCUAUGCUGGCCUGAAGUUCCAGGCCAAGGAGCCAAGGUUUGAAGCUAUGAAGGCCAUGAAGGAGUCCACUGUGAACUUGGGUCCUAUUGCCACUGUUUAGUAUGUGUGUCUCUGUGUAUUAGUCUGUUGAUGGUUGUGUAAACCAGAGCUUAAUUAGGUAAGCUGAAAUAAAAGUUUGGGCUUAGAUCCUAGUAAGGUUACUUUGUGAUGUCCUAGUGAAGUUAUUAUGUUUCUGUUCUAGAAAAUGACCAGCUUUAUAUCUGAUAUAAAAUUGCCUCUAAGUU